CACACGUAUACGUGUUGAUACAUUGAUAAAUUGUGAUGAUAUUUUCAUCAUUUUUUUUCAUUGCAUUUUAAAUCCUGAACAUUUAAACGAAAAACAAAAUGACUGAACAAGAUACACAAAAAGCUAGUUUAUUGGCUCGUGUUAAUUUUCCAAUCUAUUGUGUUAAAUCAAUUUCGGAACGUCAUAUUCUAAUCGGUGGUGGUGGUGGUAUGGCUAAAACUGGAAUAUCAAAUCCAUUUGAAAUUUAUGAAUUAACUUAUGAUCCAAUAGCAAAUACUGCCCGAGCAACAUUAGUGACACAUUUUGAUGUUGGCGCAAAUGCAAUUAUGAAUUUGUGUGUGAUUCCAAAAUCUAAACAUUUAUUUGAAUUAGCAUGUGGUGGAAUGCAAGGAAUGUGCCAUAUUUAUGAUGUUAAAUUUAGAUUCAAAAAUGGUCUGACCACUCAUCAUUAUGAUGAUCAUUACAUUGAUCAAAAUAAUUCUUCAAACAAUUAUCUUCGCCGUAGACAUAUGAGUUUUAGUUCACAGAAUUCUGUUGAAGAUGUUGAAGAAAAUAUUGAAGAAUAUCAUAAUCCAAAAGUUGAAUUGGAUAAUAAUAAACUCAAAGCAGAUAAAGAUAUUCAUCUUGAUAAUAAUCAAGGCGAUGAUAAAAAAGAUUCCGUUCCAAAUAACAUUCCUGAUUAUAUUUUUGAUUUUGAUUUGAAAAAAAGUUUUCAAACCGAUUUUCAUUCGGAUGAACCUUAUCAAAAAUUAGUAAAAUAUUCUACAAAUGCUUAUAUGGUUUUCAGUGCUGGAGCCGAUGGUCAUAUUGGAUUCUGGCAACUUCCCAAUUAUAAACCUUUGACUAGAAUUAAAGCUCAUGAAAAUGAAAUUGAUGAUAUUGAUAUUCAUCCAUCUGGCCGGCAUUUAGCCAGCGUAUCCAGAGAUGGUCGUAGUUUAAUCUGGAAUGUUAAUAAUUAUCAAUUGGUAAAAUCAUUGGAACAUAAUCAAGUGAUACCAAAACCAACCAAUAAAGAAAAGGCAGAAAUAUUUGCCAAAGCAAAAUAUUUACCACGUUUAUGUCGUUAUUCAACAGUUGAAGGUGAUGAAAAUAAUGUUCGACUUUUUGUUGCACUAAAUAGUCGAGCCAAAUUAGAUUCAUACAUAUGUAAAUGGCUUAUACAAAAAGAUGAAUAUUAUAUGGAAAAAAUUAUCUCUGCCGGUGAUGUUCCACUUUUUGCCAUGGCAAUCAAUGAUGAUGGAAGAUUUUUAGCUGUUGGAAAACAAACCGGUGAUAUUGAUGUAUUUAUUGCAUUUAGUCUUCAACGAUGUUAUCAUUUCAGUCAAGCUCAUAAUAUUUUUAUAACUGGUAUUGAAUUUCUACAAACAACACAAGCAUCAUUAGAAUUAGUUGGUGGUGAUGUUGAUGCAGCAUUAGUAUCGGUUUCGGUUGAUAAUCGAAUUGUUUUGCAUAAAAUUCCCAAACGAGCCACUUUAGGAUUUUUUGGAUCAUUUUUAUUCUUUGUUAUGUUUAUUCUAUUU